AUGAAGAUCCUCUUAGAAAACGACGGUAAUACAAACGUAAUCAGCAAAGCUGGAGCAACUCCACUUUGUUUGGCUGCUGUCAAUUCAAGCGAAUCAAAAAUUCAAGGAACGAAAAUAAUUAAAAUCCUGCUUGAACACGGAGCUAAUCCCAACUUUACGGGUGAUCGUGGAUGCUUAGUGAUCCAGAUGGCUAUUCUUAAGAACGAAUCUUCUGCUGCAUUAAACAAUUUGCAGCUGCUACUUCAAAAUGGAGGAAAUCCCAAUAUUAUCGACGAAACAGGUCGUUGUCUUGUUCACUAUGCAGCUGAAAACGUCAGUGAAACAGCACCUGAAAAGAUGAAGAUCAUCCUGGAAAAUGGUGGAGACAUAUGUAAUAAAAUUGGAGAAACGCCAAUGCAUUAUGUCGCAAUGAAUUCAGGAAUUCACGCACACAAAUUAUUGAGAAUUUUGUUUGAACACGGAGGGGACCCUAAAGCUUCGGGUUAUAUUUUAAAACAAACACCUCUUCAUCGGACCGCAAUGGCCGCAAUAAGAAAUGAAAACCAUCAAGUAAGAUUUGACAUCACCAGCCAAUUACUUGAAAAAGGUGGAAAUCCAAACGCUGCGGACUUUAUUGGCUGGACACCUGACCACUACGGCAUUUCUACGGCCAAAACUAUUGAAGAGUUGAAAAUGUUAAAACUGUUACUAGAACAUGGUGGAAACAUCUUACAGGAGGACAAGUGCGGAUUUACACCGUAUCACAUAUCUAUUCGUAUAGGAAGCGAACAUUGCCAUCCUGAAGUAAAAAAGCAUAUUGAAAAAACGCUCCGUUAA